AGAUGAUGGGUGCGAAAGAUUUGCCCUUUGCUUCUCUAUUUCUUUUUUGUACUCCAAAGAGAAAGCAAAUUUUUGAUUCUGCUCGUAAUAAAGGGCACCAGACAACUGAAUUCUCACCUUUAAGCUGUUGUCAAAGUGGGAGGGGGAGAGAAAGUGGACAGACUGCCCAUUUUGAACUCAACCUUACUUCAAAAGAGCAUUUAUUUUUACCCCCAUUUCCAUGUAUCACAUUGGACAAGAAGUAUUUCCUUUUUGCACCUGGAAAUGGGAGAACUUCUCACUAAAAACAAGAUGCGGAUGUGGGAGUGACAUAUAAAAAGAGAAAUAAACUGAAUUUGAUAUCAGGAAUCAUCAUAUAAGGAAGAAUAAUUGGUACGGGCAGGCAGAGGUUGCGUGUAAAUACGUUAGUCCCCACCCUGUUCGUCAGCAGUCACACAGCCUCAGACGUUAGAGUCUGUCUCAUUGAGAGAAGGAAUGUCGCUGGGGAAGGAGAGCGAGGUGAGAGGGCAGAACUUCUAACCAGGAAGAGGCUGUCUCCAAGGCGCUGAGCCGAGGCUGGCGCAGAGCGUGGCCCUCAGGUACAGGACCAGAUGGUAACAAAAAGUAAUCCAGAUGGGGUGCAGGUGCUGUAAAAUGAUACAAAGCUAUCUCUUUGAUCCAGUUCAAGUGCCCUCCCCUGGCUAUGUCAACGAAGUGAACAGCUGCAAGUUGGAUGAAGAUGACACUGUUAAAUUAAAAGGGAAGCAGAGCAGCGAAGUCCUGGUGCAUACAAACGACCUUCAGGGUGAGGGCUUGAAGAGGACGGCAAGCAGAAACAGAACAGCUGGUCCACAGGAGCCUUGGCCUCACCAAGGACUGCUCCCUCAGGAGGACACCGGAGGGGGACACUGUGCAGAGAAGACUGAUGGUGCCAUCAAUGGCAUUGGCCCUGUUGCUGCUUUGCCACCCACUGGGGAUCCUGGGCCCCACCAGGGUAACUGGGGCUCCUGGGCCAGUACCUCAAACAGCAUUCACCCAGCUCAACCCUUCCUUGAAGAAGGGGGCGCGGGGGAACAGAACUGUGUGCUGCCGGGCUCAGAGGAGACCAGAGUCAUCCAAAAUGGAGACUCCAGAGCUCCUUCCAAAGCAGAACACCCUGCCUUGGAAGUACAAGACCACGUCCUCCAGAUACCAGCCCCAGAUUACCCUCAUCUUUGGGGCUCAGCUGUAGACAACGUUGAUCAUGAAGAGAAAGAUUAUCUUUUCAAGAGCCAUACUGCGGAGGAGCCCCAGGAGGAAACCCACCCCAGCGUGGGGGAGCACGGUUCGAACAUGCCCUUCUCCAGGAAGAGAAGCUGGGAUUCCUUAAACGAGGCCGUGGCAACGGAAGUUUUAAGUGUCUACUUUAAAGAAGAGGAUCCUGCUCAGCCCGUGCCUGUGGUCGAUUCGAGAAACAGGUGGGAGGACGACCUUGGCUCCACUGGAGACGGGAGUGGGGAGAUGGCAGACGAGGACGCGGCAGUGGCGGAAGCCCUGGCGGCUUUAGAAGCGGCGACUGCAGGAGAAGAUGUGGAUGAGGCAGAUUAGGGGAGGGGAUCUGUACAGGCAAAUAAGCUAGUGUCCUGUGGGCACGUGGGGUACAUUGCUCCUUAGACGCAGCACUGAUACUCUGCAGCCUGCCCUGGUGCAGCCUGACGGUUGUUUACAUGCAGCCUCUGUCCGGAUGCGUGGGAGCGCCUGCGCCACUUGUUCAUAUGGAGAGCAGCUCUGUGCACCGGGCUGUCUCUCAGGGCACCAGAUUAAAAGUCAGAGGGGGCCAUUAUGCCGGUGUCCACAGCACGUGCAGAAAUUAAACAGCCUGCUCGCCAACUCGCAGAGCUCCCCCAGUACGUCUGCGCCAUCUGGAGCAGGCGCUGAAAUCCCAGGGCAUAAUCGCAAAGGCGCAGACUCACGGAACAUUCUGUUUGACUGUAAAUUCUUUAUUUUGCUUUUGAGAGCCAAACGUUGUGCCCAGCCUGGAAAAGGUAACUAUACACCCAUUUAAAGUGCCUAAUGUGUCCUCCUCAGAGCAUGGCUUACCUUCAGGGACAAUCACCCAGGGAACUAAUAACUAACCACUUGUUUGACCCAGGGUUCAGGUCAGCAGCUUUCAGGGUGGAGCAGAAGCCACCAAUAAACAAAUGGUUAGUCAUUAGCUGUGACAUUAAGACACCUUGACCUUAACUUUUUUUAUGUUAUUACUUUUUAAUCUCCUUUGAGAUUGGGGAGACCAGUCAAAAUCAUUCUUAAAACUGCUUGUGUCAUAUUUGGGUCUUAAGUGGAUGAGAUUUGGAACAGCCAAGAGAUCUAUGGAGUGUUUUUUGCCAUUUAAUGUCUGAUUCUGAUUAAAAUAUAACAGUAUA